AUGGCUAUUCUCUGGGGCCGUCUGGCCGUGAUGAAGUCGAUUCAUAUCGCUCUUUCUGCCAUCAUUAUCCUCUUGAUUCUAGCAAGGGUCAAUCAGUUGAGGCAUCAACCAGAAACAGCUGGCGGUUUUCUCAUAUCAGGAAGCUAUACAUCCGCCGGGAGAAAACAGCCUACCAUUGAGGCCACGGAUGUAGCACAGUCACCUAUCAAGCAGCAAGCUACAGCGUCAAACAACAAUUCGCCAUCAUCACCUGCGGCUGUAUACGAUGAAGUCGUGAACAAUUUUCUUGUAAUUUCUACAGAGGUUCCCUACGUUAUCACUACCACUAUUUAUGCCACCGUCACAGAGUCUGCCACCACCACGGUCCAGGCGGCGGCACCAUCAGCAGCCCCUGUCAGCUAUCAGCCAUUGCCUUUACCUGAGGAGUAUGCUUACCAGUCGACCCAGUCCGACUUUUGCAUAGAUCGUUUCACCACGAAGUAUUUUGAUGUGCUUCGUGAUGGAAAAGCAGAUUACUGUGGCAAAGAUGCAUCAGCUUCAAGUCUGACCUGCUUCCAUACCCCUUCAGAUUUGCACAAUGAUGGACAUGUUGAUUCGUUCUGUAUAGGACAGGAUGUCCAAGUUGAUGAGCACUCGAAGCAAUUCAUUUUUGACUGUCCGCCACCAAAGACUGAACCCGCUGUGCGCCUGACGUCGCUGCAUAGCUACUGGUACGGAACAGGACCGUAUCAUAUUCUUCAGGAAUAUGUGCAUAUUAAUACUCGAGACGCCCAAAAUACAAUCGCCUCGUCCAACAUAGGGAACGAAACCGUGGAACCCAAUGCACGCAACUUCACUAUUCUACUGAAGCGCGAAGGAGACGCCAACAUCUUCCACUCGCUCCAUGAAAUCAUGAGUUUGUCUUACACCAUGGAUGUGCUUAGGACUACACGGGACCCGAACACAGGCAAAGCCUUCUUCAAGUUUCCCGAAGAUCUUCAGGGAACCCAAAUCGUGGUCCUCGACGACCAUCCGGAAGGUCCAUAUUGGGACCUCUGGCAACUCUUCUCGUCCACUCCUCUUAUUCGUUUCCAUGAUUUCGUAGAACAGAACCGGGGCCGACCGCUGGGCAAUAUUAUCAUACCACUAGCCGGUGCAUCGAACCCAGUCUGGCACGACAACUGGGAACAGCAAGGCUGCGUCAAUGUGGUCCGGCGCACAUUCGUCAAGCGCGUGCUGGACUUCUAUGGUAUCCACGAUGACAGGAGCGAUCUGCCUCCUAAACAACUUACCAUGACGAUAGUAGAUCGGAAACAGACAAGGCGACUAUUCAAUCUGGGCGCACUGGUCAAUGCGACUAGGCGCGCACAUCCCGACGUCAAGGUUCAAGUCGUCGACUGGGCGGGGCUGCAAUUUCGAAAGCAGAUCGAAAUCGCGCGGGGAACGGAUAUUUUGGUGGGAAUCCACGGCGCUGGAAUGACGCAGGGUAUGUUCAUGAAGGAAGGUCGGGGAGCCAUGGUGGAGAUCAUGCCAGAUACAGGCAUCAACUGUUUCCAUGCAAUGGCGAUGGAAAGAAAUUUGAGGUACUAUCGGGCGCACGGAAAAAUUGCCGAGACGAAAGACGACUGGCACAACGAAGAUGUCGUGAUGGACCAGGAUAAGUUCUUGUUGUUGAUGGAUCACGCCGUCAAGUCGCUGUAUAAUCGCCCAGGACGGUUCCGGGAUCUAUAUAUGGACAAAGUCGAGCCAGCUGCCUCUAAAGGGCAGGUGAACCGGCCGUAG